GCUCCGGACGCCCGGGGGGGACCAUGCUCCGGGCCUCGCCGGCAGCCCGGGGACCCGGCACAACUUAGCGGGCAGCCCUAGGAGUUGUCGCCUUUCUUCCCCCUCGCCAGUUCCGCUCUUGAUCGGCUGUGUUCCUCUUUUCCUGGAGGCCCGGAGGACCCUCGCCCCGGUCCGGCUGCAGCCAAACCCGCACAACUUCCCGGGAGUCCGGGCCAAAGUGAGCGCAAAGUGCUGCCCAAGUUGCCGGGAUGGAGCUGCAGAGCCGGCCCGAGGCGCUCGCCGUGGAACUCGCUCGCCACCAGAACGGCGACCUGAAGAAGCAGCCGCGGAUCGCAGCGCUCAGCGACAAACAAACUUUGGGAACCAUCACUGCAGUGCCUGUCACGGGUCCUCAGGUCAGCUCCUUGCAGAGGUUGGCCGGGCAAGGAGCGGCAGUGCUACCUCAGGUUAGGCCAAAGACUCUGAUUCCAGACAGCCUCCCUGUCACCCCCGGCAGGGACCGGCCACCUAAGCAGCCCCCAACCUUCCAAAAGGCCACUGUGGUCAGCAUCAAGAAUCCCAGCCCAGCCCUCCCCACUGCCAACAACACCGUCAGCCAUGUGCCAACGCCUGGCAGCCAGCCCCAGGCCCUCGCCGAGCCCACCGCCAUCACCUCUCCCCUGAGCAGUGCCGGGGUGGCCUACGCCAUCAUCUCCACCUCCCCCAGCAAUGCUGCCACCGUCGCCCCCAGCACCGCCGUGCCCGUGGCCAGUGACAGCAUCAAAGUGCAGCCCCUCCUCAUCAGUGCCGACAGCAAGGUCAUCAUCAUUCAGCCUCAAGUGCAGACGCAGCCCGAGAGCUCAGCGGAGUCCCGGCCGUCCACAGAGGAGCCAUCUCAGGGAUCUCAGGCCACCAAAAAGAAGAAGGAGGAGCGACCCCCGAGCCAGGAGAGCCCCGAGAAAAUCGCCUUCAUGGUGGCACUAGGGCUGGUCACCACCGAGCACCUGGAGGAAAUCCAGAGCAAGCGCCAGGAGCGGAAGAGGAGGAGUACAGCCAAUCCUGCCUACAGUGGCCUCCUGGAGACAGAGAGGAAGCGACUGGCCUCCAGCUAUCUCAAUAACCCCCUGUUCCUCACAGCACGAGCCAAUGAGGACCCCUGCUGGAAGGGUGAGAUCACCCAUGAUGAAUACUGUGCCGCCUGCAAGCGAGGGGCCAACCUGCAGCCCUGCGGCACCUGCUCAGGGGCCUACCACCUCAGCUGCCUGGACCCGCCCCUCAAGACGGCGCCCAAGGGCUUAUGGGUGUGCCCCAAGUGCCAGCAGAAGGCCUUCAAGAAGGAAGAGGGGGUGCCCUGGACUGGGGUGCUGGCCGUCGUCCACUCCUACGUCAGCCACAAGACAGUCAAAGAAGAGGAGAAGCAGAAGCUGCUGCGGCGAGGCGGGGAGCUGCACAGUGAGCACCAGCAGCUGGAGGAGCGGGACCGGCAGCUGGCCUCGGCGGUGAAGAAAUGCCUGGAGCUAAAGACAAGUCUCCUAGCCCGCCAGAGAGGCACCCAGUCGUCGCUGGACCGCCUCCGGACUCUGCUGAGACUGAUCCAGGGCGAGCAGAUGCUCCAGGUCGCCAUGGCAACUACCAGCCCUUCCCCACUGCUGGCUGGGCCCUGGACCAAGCCUUCAGCCACAACCAUUUGCUCUACCCUCCAGCAUCCCCAGGGCCACAACUGACCCCAGGGACCUGUGUCAUACCAUGAAAAGUUAUUAGGACCCUGUUUCUCAACCUGGGGGUUCUGUUGGCCUUAAUUCAUAAACUCUAUGAAUUUUAGACAAAAAAUAAACCAGACAGAGGAGGAAGGAGGAAGGGAGGAAGAGUAGGGUGAACAUCCCAGAGCCAAAACCCACUGGAGGUGGAAUCCUGUACCCUUCCUGGCCUUAGAGGAUGCCUGGAGGGCAAUGGUGCUGUGACUGGCCAGGGCACAGGCCGUCCUCACCCUCAGCUGUCAUGGGGCUGCCUUGAAGUUCUGCGGUCUCUGUGGCCAGCUCUCUGCUUGUGUCAUCCCUGUAGAAGAGAGCUGCCUCUGAAAGACAAGGCCCACUGCUCUGUGUAGCCUUGUGAGAACUGAGGUGGCUCGGGAAUGGGUGUGGCGGGAGCCUCUGAGACUGAGGGGACAGCAAGCUUCGGUAGUUCUCCAGUGGCCUUGGGGCUCCCUGCACCCUCUCAGCCCCUGCCCCUUUCCAUCAGUAUUACUAGGGUGAGAAUUGCAGCCAUUUCUUUAGACAGGCUGGAGGCCAGCUCCCCCAGGUCGCUGUAGUGGGGCCUGCGCCCCGAGUCCUGGCACUCUUGUUGCCCCCGCCUCCUUCCGUUGAGUCUCUGGGACGCUUUUGCUGUCGAUGUAUUUUUCUCAUGGAGUUCCAGGGGAGAUGGAGCUGCUGUCGUUCAAGGGACGUGUCUUGUGGGUCUCCACUUAAGAUGGAGCCUCCAAUGCUCUCCUUUGGAAGAGUCACUAAGCAGCCAGCCCUCCUCUUGCCAGUGACAGACACUAUGCCAAAAAUCGCUUCACAUCUUUGUAUGGCGUUUUUAUUGUAAGAUACGUAAUGUGAACAGCGCUUCUGCUGCCCUUCCUCCGUGUCUGGUAGUCUCUCCUUCAAGGUACGAAGGGGCACCCUCCCCUGAGAGGCUGGCCAGACAGGGCACCUAAGGGGCUUUAGCUACCCAGGGAAGCGGGGAGAGAGGGUGCAUCCUCGAGUUCCCUCCUGGCCCCAUCUCCCUGUUAGCAGGGCCCAGCAUCCCUGUGAGCCAUGCAGCCCAUCUUGCCCGCCCCCCACUUCCCUGUCCUGAGGGACUCAGCACAAACCGUAUGCAUCCAGGAGCCGUAAGGCUCCACCCAAGCAUAUCACACGGUGCCGAAUUGCAUUGAGCACACAUGUGCGUGUGCAGGCAGCGUGGCCACAGACGCGCACAUGUGCAUGCAGACAUAGGUGCAGAGCGGGGAGGCUGGGAGGGGUCCCGCCACCAGCCACCGUCCCUCUUUGUCAUUUUCACGACUCCGGGAGAAACUGUGCUGUACGAUACAGAUCUAUUUUAAUACACGUAACACUGGGUUGAACAAGAUUUUUAUAUUCUUUUAUUGAUGAACAAAGUGAACCUUGUGAGGCACACGUCUUCUAUAUUGGUUACGUCAAGCUGAUUAUGCAGUCGUGCAUGGCUGGCAAUAUACAUGUCUUCAAGUUCCUCUUCUGUUGGCUUGCUUUUCUUCUUGGAUGGCUUGAAUUCAAUUUUUUAAGAAACAUCACGGGAGGAUGUGGAAGGCUGGACCCUGAGGGGUAGCUGCCGACGUGUCUUGAAACUGUUAGUUUUUGGGGACUGAGGAGGACCGUCCAGUGGAUAGUGAGGGUAGAGAAAGUGUUUGUCUUAAAUCUGCCAACGUAGUUUUUCCUUCUGUAUGAUGCAUUAAAAACUCGAUUGACCAUUUUAAA